AUGUCUGAAUGGGCAAAAGAUGAUGAUGAACUGUUCCGGGAUACAACUUUCGAUGACGACACUGAUGAGGAGGAUAACUAUGAUGAAAAUAACAAUGAUGAUCACAGCGAUGAUGACAACAUCAUCCACAAAACAGAUAAGCAUCUCAAGUACAAAGAAAGAAGGAAAUACUUGAUAACAAAGACGAUUGUUCUAGGCUUAAUCUGGAUGACUGGGGGGUGCUAUUCAGGACUGACCGUAGCGACAGUUCCAGAUCUAAAGUUAAGGAUUGGUUCUGAUUAUGAAGAGUUCUCACGGGCCCUGGCGGCAGCUGGUCUCGGUGUCUUAAUUUCUGCACCUUUAGGUGGUGUGCUUGCAGAUAGAAAGGUGAGUCUUGGCCUCUUCAUUUCUGCACCAUUAGGUGGUGUGCUUGCAGAUAGGUGGUGUGCUAGCAGAAAGGCGAGUCUUGGCCUCUUCAUGUCUGCACCAUUAGGUGGUGUGCUUGCAGAUAGAUGGGUGCGCGGACGGGAUGCUCAGAUUAUUACCUUUGUUGCACUCGCUGCUGUUUUCACAGUGGUCAGGCCCUGGAUUACCAAUCUGUGGAUGUUUGGGGUUAUUAUGUGGUUGGAUGGGUUUGUGACCGGAAUAUAUUCUCCAGGGAAGAACAACAUGUUAGACAAACUGUGGGGUUCUGGGAUAGGACUGCCACGCCAUCUAAUGUCCGUCUGCUCCGUAAUAGGAACUGUCCUUGCUCCAUUGAUAUGUCGGCCAUUUUUCUUGACACAUGACGUCAGUGAUGGUAGCGUUAAUUGUAAUGACUCGGAUGAUUCCAUAUGUCUCAACGGUACAAAUAAAUGGUUAAAUGAUACACGUAUUGCUAAGAGUGCAAAUGUAGAUGCCAUCAAUGCAACAUUCCGAAACAUUACGAAUGACACAGAAAAUGUAGUUCCUAAUGGUAACAUUGCAGGGUAUAGUAAUGAGAUAAGUUCUCCAAUAGAGUACCCAUAUAUGAUUAUAGUUUCGUGGACAAUUAUCCCUUUAGUGCUUUUAGGGAUAUUCUACUACCGUGACCCGACUUCAGGCCAGAAAUAUUACACCCAAAAUGGUGAAAUAAACAAUGGUGCCUUCAAGAAAGAAACCCCAACGUGGAAGUCCAUAUUCUCGCCAAAGACAUGCGGACAAGGUAGUUCGGUAUUUGGAAUGGGAAUUAUAUUUGUACUUUGUUUGUAUUACUUUUCUUUGGCCUUCAAAAGUAAACCUUUCUAUGAAUUUAUCAUGGCGUAUGCUGUGGAUAAAAUAGGAAUGUCGAAAGCAGACGCUGCUGUGAUGAUGGUAGUAGGGCGGUUAAUCUCUAUCGUGGCGGGGAUCAUAUGGGGCACAAUGACUCGAUUCAUCCCCAUACAAGUAUUACUAAUCAUUCAGGUUUUCACCGAGCUUGCCAUUGUCAUAUAUUUCAACUAUGUAGAAAUUCACACAAGUGCUGCCCUUUACGGCUUCAUUGUUGCUAUACGUGUGUUAAGUGCGGCAAAUUGGGCAUCUGGUAUAACAUGGGGGCUAAGAUAUCUCGAGUUCUCAUCUUUGGUGUAUACUUUCAUAGAACUAAGCGCUUCAUCUGCGGGUAUACUUUCCACAUGGGCAACUGGCUAUGUCCUAGAGUAUGGCGACAAUGAAGCAAUGCUGAGGCUUCGGCUAGGGGGCAAUGUAGUACUUUGUGUCGUAGUGAUUAUCAUGCAAAUAGUUGCCUCGAGUAAAGGUGAGAAAUUUAAAAAAGCUGAGUCGUAUGAAAUGAAGGAGAUGGGAGAUCAUUCUGAUGCAAAGACCCCUCUAUUGUUUUGUGAAUAG